AAACUUCCUUCCUCAACAAAUCAUUCUUACAAAAAUCAUUCAAUCUCAUCACUUUACUACUAAAACACAGAGCAACAAAAGCAUUUCUUGGAAAAUUAUGGUGAAACGGAUGACUGAGAAGAAGCCCUCCGAGAGGAGUGAUUCCAAAUUCAAGGGUGUCCGCAAACGAAAAUGGGGGAAGUGGGUGUCCGAGAUCCGCCUACCAAACAGUAGGGAACGAAUCUGGUUAGGAUCAUAUGAUUCAGCGGAGAAAGCAGCACGUGCCUUUGAUGCAGCACUCUUUUGCUUACGUGGCCGCACCGCUGAAUUCAAUUUUCCGGAUAACCCACCGGAGAUAGCUGGUGGGCGAUCGCUUUCUCCGCAUGAGAUUCAAGCAGCUGCUGCGAGAUUUGCAAAUUCGGAGCCUCCGAGGAGAACCCAGUCGGACAAUUGUUUACUGGAUCAAUCAGUUGUGACGGAAUCGCAAGCAGAGUCGCCGUGUCCUUCGGUUGUGUCAGAUUUGACUGCGCACAUAGAUGGCAAUGAACUGAUGAUGGAUAUCCCAUUCUUGGAUUCGCUAGCAAAUACGGGUUCGGGUAAUUACCCGGCGGAUUACGGUAUAUUCCCGGGUUUUGAUGAUCUUGGGAACGAUUUUUUUCCAGAAUUAACAGAACUUAGCUUGGACUCUGGACAGGAUAACUUUGAUUGUGUUUUAAGCCAGGAUUCAUUUCUUUGGAAUUUCUAAGGAGAUAAAAUUCGGGUCAGAUAUUUUCUGGACAAUUUUAGUACCCAGAAGUUACUGACACCUUCUUUUUACCCGAAAAUGGCAAAUCGGGUACUGAUUAUUUAGAUGAUGGACCAUUUUUUUGUGAAGGCCAUCAUUAGGCAAGUGCAAAAUUUCUUAAGUAUAAAUAGAUCACAGACAACAAAUUAAGUCUGUAAAUUUUGUAACUAGUUAAAUUAUCAGUUGUAAUAAGAGAGUUAUAAAUUGGGUUUGA